AUGGUGAGUUCGAUUGAAACCUAUAAACCAAAAGAGUUAUGUCUAUCUCUUAGUUUAGGUUCAUAUAAUAAAAUAAAUCAUGCUUCAUGUAAUAGAAAAACAAAGAAUGAUACACAUCAUAAAAUAAAUAUUGAGUCAUUUAUAUUUAUACCACUUCUUUCCGGUUCACAUGAGAAAAUGAAUACUAGUUCUUGCAAUACAAUGAAUCAUGAUGAGUUUGAUAUUAGUGUGUCUGAAUCAGAAAGGGUUUAA